GUCGACGUUCAAAAACAGAAAUACGAAACGCAUCAGCAAUUAAACUAUUUAAGUUAUUAGCUAAGCAUUUUAGUGGCUAAAUUGAUAUUAGUGCAACAGUUUGUCUAAGUAAGUGCAACACCGUCAAUGCUGUAAGCCAGAUGCGGCAGAUGAAACCGAUGAAACAUUUGCUACCGCAAUGAAUGUACCCACAUCUUUUUAUGUUGAAGAAGCGGUCGCACGUUUUUAUGCUUAGCGCUGUUAGUCCAGAUUCAACAAGAAUCGUCGAGAAUAAAUUGCAAUUUCGUAACACCUAGAGGUUUCUUAGUUAUUUUGCGGAAUCUAUAAGAACGAGAGCUGAGCACAAGUCACACAUCAGUUUAUCGAAGAUAACCGAUUGAAAAGAAAGCUAUAUUCACUGUGGGUGAUCCUAUUUAGAGCAAGAUGGUGAGCGAAAAUUUGUCAACCAAUCAAGAAGACCCAAGUGCGUGCAAGGAGCGUGGAAAUGAAGAAUUCAAGGAGGGCUACUGGGACUCCGCUGUUACCUGGUACACCAAGGCGAUCCGAUUGGGUGAAAAACACAAAGAUUUACCCGUGUUUUACAAAAAUCGUGCGGCAGCUUAUUUAAAAUUGGAAAAAUUUGAAGAAGCUUUGGAAGAUUGCAGCAAAUCAUUGGAUGUUUGUCCAAACGAUCCAAAGGCCUUGUUCAGAAGAUUUCAAGCUUUCGAAGGUUUGGAUAGAUAUGAAGAGGCAUAUAAGGAUCUUAGAAAUAUUCACACCUACGACCCCAACAACAAAACCAUUAAGCCACACUUGGAAAGGCUGCAUGAGAUUGUGCAAGAGAGAGCACGCCAACGAGCACAGACCUCUAAUAAGGUAACACAAAUGUUCCAGAUUGCCUUCGAUUUGACCGCGGCUACUGAAAAACGAGAACAAGCCAUGAAUAAUAUAGUUGUAUUGGCUCGUGAAUCUGCUGGGGCAGAAGUUAUGCUGAAGGAAGGUCUUGUUACCCGUAUUGGAAAAUUGCUGAAGGUUGAAAAAAACAAUAAUAUUUUCAUAAAUGCAAUCCGUGCCAUUGAUACAGUGUGUACUAAAAGCGCGGAUCGGACGAAGACCGUUAUAAAAGAGUUGGGCAUCCCUUGGUUUUUGCAAAUACUUGACAGCAAUAUUGAAGAUCGUGUGGCAGCAUCGCAACAUUGCAUGCAAACUGUUUUAAAUUCGCUCACCGGUAUGGAAAAUAAAGAAGACUCGAAACCGGUUGCAGAUCUUGUUGAAUCUAACAAGCAACUCAUUGAAACCCUUCUCAGCUGCCUUGUGUAUUCUGUUACAGAACGGAUGAUCACGGGCUUGGCAAGAGAUGCCAUUAUGGAGCUGAUAAUUAGGAACGUUCACUAUAAAGCUAUCGAUUGGGCAGAAAAACUAAUUGAAAUGAAAGGUUUAUUACGGCUGAUGGAAGUUUGCUCUGAGCUGGAGGAAUAUAAGUACGAAAGUGCCAUGAAUAUUACGCCUUCUUCUAGAACCAUUGCCGCGGUUUGUUUGGCACGCAUUUACGAAAAUAUGUACUACGAUGCAGCGCGGGAAAGUUUUACUGAGCAGAUCGCAGAUUUUGUGAAAGACAAGUUGUUAACGCCGGAUCACGAGUCGAAAGUGCGUGUAACCGUAGCUCUUACUGCAUUGUUGAUGGGUCCGCUGGACGUGGGCAAUACAAUGAUUUCAAGAGAGGGAAUAAUGCAAAUGAUUUUGAUAAUGGCUCAGUCAGAUGAUUUGUUGGAACAGAAGGUUGCCUGCGAAUGUAUUAUAGCAGCUGCGUCUAAGAAAGAUAAAGCCAAAGGCCUUGUUCAGUCCGGUGCUGAGAUUCUUAAGAAACUUUACACUUCGAAGAACGAAGAGAUUCGUGUCCGUGCGCUUGUUGGUCUUUGCAAGUUGGGCAGUUCCGGCGGACUGGAUGCCUCUAUUCGACCGUUCGCUGAUGGUUCUACUAAAAAGCUGGCAGAAGCUUGCCGCAAAUUUUUGGUAAAGCCUGGUAAGGAUAAAAACAUCCGAAAGUUUGCGGCUGAAGGUUUGGCAUAUUUGACCCUCGAUGCCGACGUGAAGGAAAAGCUUGUAGAAGAUCGAGCAGCUAUACAGGGCUUGAUCGAGUUAGCUAAAACGGGAGAUCAGUCAGCAAUUUAUGGUGUGGUAACUACGUUGGUCAAUCUAGUUAAUGCCUAUGAAAAGCAGGAAAUAGUACCGGAAUUGGUAGAGCUGGCCAAGUUUGCAAAGCAUCAUAUCCCUGAGGAGCAUGAACUGGAUGAUCCAGAUUUUGUAAGCGGACGAAUUAUUGUUUUAGCUAAUGAGGGAGUUACCUCAGGUCUCGUGGCUCUAUCGAAGACGGAAAGUGACAAUAGCAAGGAAAUGAUUGCACGUGUGUUCAACGCUCUUUGUAGUGAGCAGGAUGUUCGUGGAAAGGUCGUGCAACAAGGUGGAGCCAAGGUAUUGCUGCCGCUAUCACUGAAAGGAACUCCAAACGGAAAACGUCACGCAGCUCAGGCUCUUUCGCGUAUCGGAAUAACUAUCAAUCCAGAAGUAGCAUUUCCCGGUCAACGAAAUUUGGAAGUUAUUCGACCUCUAAUUAAUCAACUUCAUCCAGAUUGUAGCUCGUUGGAAAACUUCGAAGCUUUGAUGGCCAUUUGCAAUUUAGCGGCUAUGAAUGAGACUACUCGACAGCGCAUAUUAAAGGAAAAUGGUUUAAGCAAGAUUGAAUCGUAUAUGGCCGAAGAUCAUGUAAUGCUGCAGCGUGCCGCUACUCAGGUUAUAUGCAAUCUGGUGCAAUCCCCGGACGUCAUAUCGCUUCAUGAAAAGGAAAACGAUCGGGUAAAAUUAUUAGCUUUACUUACGCAAGAAGAGGACGAAGAAACUGCAAAAGCUGCCUCAGGAGCUCUGGCAUAUCUUACGGCUGUAAGUGAAAAGUGUUGCGAAAAAAUGUUUUCGCCAGCUACAUGGAUUGAAGUCUUCCAAACUUUGAUGGCAAAUCCUAGCCCGGAUGUACAACACCGUGGCCUCGUCAUUAUCUACAAUAUUGUCAAAGUGAGCAAGGCAUUGGCAGAGAAAAUUUUUGAUACAGACUUACUGCGGCUAUUGUAUGGCGUUACGCAGCUAAAUGACGAGAAACGAGCUAGGGCAAUUGAAAUGGCAGAAAAAUGCCUCAAGGUGGCUGAAGAGUACCGAUUGAUCGAGGAAAACAAGGACGCUGAUCUUGCACCGGAUGUCUUCCAACAAGCGCAAGAGGCGACUAUAGAGGAAGUUGAUGACUAAUAAAAACGAGCAUUACAGUUUUCGUACUUAAAAAGAUUAAUUUUUGAAAUUAUUAAUCUGUUCAUUUAUUCUCUUUAUAAUUAUCAGAG